UGCAAGACCUGAGCCAUUGCAGAACACGGAAAGCUUCCAGUGAACAGCAAUCUGCUCUGGAAAUCUGGGAACAAGCCUACAUUGAUUUUUUAACUCCGCAUUAACCAUGGUAUUUACUCAAAAAAUGAAAACAGUUUUGCUCUUCGUUUGCCUUUUUGGCCUUGCCUUUGGAUACUCAAAUUCAUCAAGUGAAAGCAGCGAAAGCAGUAAAUCUGAUUCUUCUGAUUCAUCUUCUGAAGAGAGUCAAACUGUAGAACCUGGUGUGACAGAGACUGCUGAACAACUUUCCUAUCCCAGAGGAGACAAUUAUAGAUCGAGACGGGACCUUCUCUUGAAUCUGCUCAAGCGUGAUUUGAAAGGAAAAAAGAGAGGAUCAAGCAGCGCAUCUGAUGAGGACAGCACAACACAUUCAGCGGAUUACAGUGCCGUUACAAAGAGUACCAACACCCAUUCCUCAGAAAGUUCUGAAGAACACACAAAUCCCACUCUGCAGAAAGUUGCUUUUACACCUGAACCUAACACAUCUGAGGAAAGCUCUGAAGAGAGAACAACCGAGUUUCCUAUUGUUUAGCCUGAAACAUUGCCAUCUCUUAGCACUUUUAUGGUUCUGUUAACUUGUUCAGUCUUCUGCUCUUAUAUGUGUAUGAAUGUAUAGGUGUUCUGUAUUAACCAUGUUUUCACUUUAAUUGAGACAGUACUCUAGCUGCAGGUCUGCAGAUACAAAACACAUAUCACAUAGGAGCAUGUCAAUGUCUAACCCUUUUGUGCUGCUAUUCAACCUGCAAUUUAUGAAGAUUCACAAUUUUCUGAACUAUAUUGCAAACCCUCAAGGCUGUAGAACAACUCUGAUAUUAAUAGUAUCUACCUUUUCUUUUAUUUAAUGGUCCAUGUUAAAUUAUUAGGCCAGUACAUAUAACGGUACAGAAGGUUUUACUGCAUCAUAUUUAAAGCAAUGAUUCAAGUUACAAAUAUAUUACACACAGUGCACCUUGAGACUAGACACAAUCUUGCAAAUAAUGUGUGCCUUGUGGAUAUUCAGGAAUUUCAAGUCAAUAUGUUAUGAAACAGCAUAAAUGAAAACAUAAAAAUAGACUGCUCUUUUUAUAUUGUCUCAUUGCUACGUUAUAUUGAGAAGUUGAGACCAGUACUGUAUAACUAUAUCUAAAUAGUAUGAAGUGGAAUUAAUAUGCGUACCCUUGUUUGCAUGCAGCAGUGUGGUCUUCAAAGGCUUUUAUCUUUAAAAUAGGGAUCCACAAUGUCCUUAAUUGCAGACAUAAGACAUGAUUUUAAUUAUUUGCAUUGGGUUCUGUAUGUGACUUGGCCAGAACUGAAUUAUAUACAAAAAGUGUUUGGAUUCUGUUGAACAGAAGGUUGGAUUUUGUGAAUUCCUAUUUUAAAGGUCCAUGCUUUAAAAACAUCACAGGUAUCUGCUGUCUGAUCAAAGGUGUCUCCAGAAAUCAACCAACCCUAUGUUCUGAAAAAAAAAGUAGAAAAGAAUUGGCACUGCAUCAUUACAUACCAAGUUGUGGUACUUUUGUGGCUAUUGUAAAAUGCAAAAACAUUCUCUGAUGGUGUUCAUGUUUUUUUGGUCUAGAACUAUAACUCCCACCAUCCACUUUUAAGUUUUAUAGGUCUACAGGAGCUUGAGAUUAUACUGCCUCCUCUUUUGCCUUUAAAUAUUUUACCAUUCUCCAGAAGAUCUGUCCUUCAAGAUAUAAGGGUUUAUGUGUGAAGAAAUUAAAAAUAAAUAAUUUAACUCCUGCUGCUAUAAUACAGUUAUCAGUACACUGAAAGUCUUCUACUUUUAUAACACGUACCACAAAUGUUGAUGUGGACAUGUGGAGACAAGCAAGUGUUUUUCUUCUGCAUGCAUUAAUAUUUGAUUGCAACUUGUAAGUAACUGUAUACAUGAACAAAUCUAAACGUAUUUCAUUAUUAUCUUUUAUGACAUUUCCCAGAUACGAUUCUUUCUGGAACACUGUUUUCCCUUUGAUGUCUAAUAAAAACUAACUAUAUCAA